AUGUCCUUCUCAAACCACACCAGUACCUCCUUCUUCCUGACCGGUCUCCCAGGCCUGGAGGCUGUGCGCCUCUGGCUCUCCAUCCCCCUGUGCACCAUGUACAUCGCCUCCUUGGCCGGGAACAGCCUGGUUCUGUGGGUGGUGAAGUCAGAGCCCUCCCUGCACCAGCCCAUGUACUACUUUCUGUCCAUGUUGGCAGUGACCGACCUGGGACUGUCAGCUUCCACACUGCCCACCAUGCUAACCAUUUACGCGCUGGGCCUCAGGGAGAUAGCGCUAGACAUGUGCCUGGCCCAGCUCUUCUUCAUCCACACCUUCUCCAUCAUGGAGUCCUCUGUGCUGUUAACCAUGGCCUUUGAUCGCUUCGUGGCCAUCAGCAACCCCUUGCGCUACGGUACCAUCCUCACCACCCCUCGCAUUGCCAGCUUGGGCCUGGCCAUUGUGUUGCGCAGCGUGGGUCUCCACGUCCCGGCCCCCAUCAUGUUGAAGAUGCUCCCUUACUGUCCGAGGCGCCAGCUCUCGCACUCUUACUGCCUGCACCCCGAUGUCAUGAAGCUGGCCUGCGCGGACACCAGCAUCAAUAGUGCCUAUGGGCUCUUUGUGGUCCUCUCCACGCUGGGUGUGGACUCUGUGCUCAUCGUCCUCUCCUACGGCCUGAUCCUCCACACCGUGCUGUCCAUUGCCUCCAAGGCUGAGCGCCUCAAAGCUCUCAACACCUGUGUCUCGCACAUCUGUUCCGUGCUGCUCUUCUACACUCCCAUGAUCGGCCUCUCCAUGAUCCACAGAUUUGGCAAACGGGCUUCGCCAUGCAGCCGAGUACUGCUCUCCUAUCUGCACUUUCUGACACCUCCCGUGCUCAACCCCGUUGUUUACACGAUGAAGACCAAGCAGAUUCGGCUGAGGAUGCUCCGCAUCUUCCGGGCAGGUGGAGCUGGCAUCAGUGCCACCCAGGGUCGUUAA